GAGUCACCGGUUGGAUAGUGAAUCUGGCAGCGGUCCAAACAACGGAUGCACUUUACACCAAUGAGAGCAUCCAUUUCAACAAUCGGUCCCCCAUAUGGCACUUGGCCCCUCCUCCACGCUCCAUCCCGGCGGAGGGUCUCAUUCAUGCUCCAGGACAGCGGCUCACUCCAAGCCUACUGGCCUCGGGAUCAGCUGUUUUUGAUCCAACCCGGCCUUGUGACAAAGGAAGACUUUCUGCGCGCAGAUCUACUUUUUUUUUUUUUUUUUUUUUUUUUUUUUUUUAAAGUACAUCUCCAUCCCCGUCUGAUCCUCUCUGUUGGAGCAGAUGAUCCGCUGCGCUCCCACUCCUGCUCGAGAUGUGCGCUCGGACAAUGAAUGUAAUCUGUGGAGACAUAUAUCUACAUUCAUCUUUUGAGCCUUGAAUGAAAGAAAGUCCGUGCGGAUUUCUACUGAGCUCCGUUAAGAGUCAUAACACAGCACCAGACAUUUAUUUAUUUCUCUCCACCCCCCCAAUCCCCCCCCCAAAAAAGCUAACUGGAAGCUUCUUUUGCGGCGCUUUUGAGGGAGCGCGGCGCCCUGAAGUGGACCCUCUGUUCGUUACUGAAGUGCUUCAACUUGUCCAGGAACAUCUUGUCGGUUCCGAACCAAAUCAUAACAGACUUUCAAAAAGUCAUCCAAGCGACCAGGACAGGGUUUUAAAUGUUUGGGAUCCAGGAGCAGCUAAUACGAGACGUGAGCGGAUUAAAAGAGAGAACUCUUGGAGAGGAGAUGGAUCCAGUCCGGUCGUGGGUGCGUAAUGUUGGAGUUGUGGAUGCGAACGUUGCAGCGCAAAGUGGAGUGGCCCUGUCAAGAGCUCACUUUGAGAAGCAGCCGCCUUCCAAUCUUCGCAAGUCCAACUUUUUCCACUUUGUCCUGGCCCUCUAUGACAGACACGGCCAACCUGUGGAGGUGGAGAGGACGGCGUUUGUGGACUUUGUUGAGCACGAGAAGGAGCAGACAGGAGAAAAGACAAAUAACGGCACACACUACAAGCUACAGCUCCUCUACAGUAACGGGGUUCGUACGGAGCAAGAUCUUUACGCGCGUCUUAUCGACUCCGUCACCAAACAGCCCAUUUCGUACGAGGGACAGAACAAGAACCCAGAAAUGUGCAGAGUUCUGCUCACGCAUGAGGUUAUGUGCAGCCGCUGCUGUGAGAAGAAAAGUUGUGGCAAUCGCAAUGAGACGCCCUCUGAUCCGGUCAUCAUUGACAGGUUUUUCUUGAAGUUUUUCCUGAAAUGCAACCAGAACUGCCUGAAGACAGCAGGCAACCCGAGGGAUAUGAGGAGAUUCCAGGUGGUCUUGUCCAGCACAGUGAGUGUAGAUGGACAUGUCCUGGCCGUGUCGGACAACAUGUUCGUCCACAACAACUCAAAACACGGCCGGCGAGCUCGCCGACUGGAGCCGGGAGAGUCUGUGGAGAAUACCAUGGAAUAUGCCACCCCAUGCAUCAAAGCCAUCAGCCCCAGCGAAGGCUGGACCACCGGCGGGGCCAUGGUCAUAGUCAUCGGGGAGAACUUCUUCGACGGGCUGCAGGUGGUGUUUGGAAGCAUGCUAGUGUGGAGUGAGCUGAUCACUCCGCACGCCAUUCGUGUGCAGACGCCUCCUCGACACAUCCCUGGGGUCGUGGAGGUCACCCUGUCGUAUAAAUCGAAGCAGUUCUGCAAGGGAGCGCCUGGACGCUUCAUCUACACAGCCCUUAAUGAGCCAACUAUAGACUACGGUUUUCAGCGACUUCAGAAAGUAAUUCCCCGGCAUCCAGGUGACCCAGAGAAACUAGCCAAGGAGAUUCUUCUAAAAAGAGCAGCAGAUCUUGUUGAGGCCCUUUAUGGAAAUCCUCACAGUAAUCAGGACAUGCUGCUGAAACGCGCAGCUGACAUUGCCGAGGCGCUCUACAGCGUUCCCCGUCCUCACAGCCAGCUGCAGGCGCUGCCCAGCUCACCAGCCCAUGGGAGCGUCAUGGGCCUGGGCUCCUAUCCAUCCCAGCUGGGGGUUAGCAUUGGAGAUCCAGGACAGAGCAGCCAAGGUUAUAUCCGUAACUCCAGCAGUUUGUCUCCGAGGGGUUACCCCUCAGCCUCCACUCCCCAGCAGUCGAGCUACGGAGGCAGCGGCGGGAUGACUGGAGGCUACGGGACAGUUCCCAUGACAAGUCUGGGAGUUCCUGGAUCUCCUGGAUUCAGCAGCGCCUCACCCACCAGCUCUCCCUACAUAAUGCCAGCGAGCCCCACAAUACCAGGAAGCUCCAGCUCCUCGUCAUCUCUCUUGCCUUUCUCCUCUUUCCCUUCUGCUGCUAAACAGAAGAGUGCUUUUGCUCCCGUCCUCAGGCCCCAAGGUUCUCCUUCCCCCGCCUGUCCCGCCUCAGGGGGGAACAGCUUCAGAGGUAGUCAUCCAACUCACUAUCUGACCCCGCUGUCUGAACUCACCAAUGCAGUCUAACCCUAUACUAACCAACUCAAAAGCUAUGACUCAACACGACUUGGGUGAUGUACAGUAAUGAAACGCCUGACUGAUUUAGAAUCAUAGAUUUUGUAUAUUUUUUUCUCUCCAGCGAUGACGGGCCUGGUUGUUCCCCCGAUGUAGCAAAGCACCUGCCCCCAAUCUGCCCCAGACCACUGCUUCACUUACCUCCCCUUCUUUGUUGGCACUGAGCAGGGAGACCGAAAAAAACAAACAAAAAAAAAAACUGAUCACUAGUGAGCGUAACUUUUCCUCCCUCUCUCAGCCCCCUUUUUUGUGACCAGUCAGCAGAACGGGUGGGGUAUGAAAAUGUCCAAAGACCAGCAAUCUUCUCCAGAUGCACAGGAUAACACAUCAGCCUCAGCUGCAAACAGCAAGACUGGACAGUUUACUGCUGUAUGUGUGUCUGCCAGGAAACCUCCGUUUAAUUUCGCCUGAUGCUUCUGAAAGGAUCUGUCCGAACCUCUGAUCCACCACCACAUACAGCAUCUAGUUUUUGCAAAGCCUGCAAAAGACUUACAGGAUGCACUGCCGGAUCGCUGCGCGUCAACGGAUGCCGGACAGCUCAGAUAAGAAGCCGCAGCUCUCAAAUGUGGGGUGCUUACUUUGUGUGUGUAUAGACACCCUAAAUGGCAUGUGCAUAUACUGUCUGUGAGCUAGAGAGAGGUUGUUUUGUAGUAGACUUUUAAAGACAACUUACAUUCCAGAAAAGUAGAACCCUUAUGUUUUGUUUUGAUUGUUUUUUUCAAGGGAGAAAUCUUUGUCUCAUGGGUUAUUACUAAAAUGAAUUCAUAUAUUGAUUUAUUUAAGAACAAGCAAUUUAACUUAUUAAAGUUAGUUUAGGGAAUAAUAUAAACGUGUUUUUAUAAACUGGUUCUCUUUCCAACUGUUGAUGAAAUUAAGCGAGCUCUCCAAUUGCCAAUUACUUUGAUAAAUGACACUCUGUAAUGGAUUUUUUUUAGUGGAGUUUUGUUUUUUGUUUUUUAAUUAAACUUCCCUACUUUUCAGGUUCUUGCAAAAGCAAUUAUAUGUGUUUUGCCCGCAGUUAAAGGUUAUUGUCCUUGUGUAAAAGGAAAUAUUAGUUAGCCGUAUCCUUUUUAUUUCCACUUAAAGUGCAUGCUUUGUUACACCAAUGCUCUGGUACUUUUUCACCCUGAAUAGUUUGUGAAUUUUCAUUUCCAAUGUUUAGUCACUAUGCAGUAUAGGAAGCAAAAGCACAACAGCUCGAACAAAAGGAAGAAGGUGUAUUAGGUGGUCAUUUAUUAUCAUCUUCUUACAGCGACAGUUCCUUGUAAAGGUAUUCAUACCUGUUGAGUUUUUUUCCACAUUUUGUCAGGUUGCAGCACAAAACUGUACUUAAUUGGGAUUUAAGAGCAUAGACCAUUACAAAGUAGCGAAAAAAAACAAUUACGUUGCUUUUGAUUUUCUGCAGUUUUUACAAAUGAAAGUAUAAUAAGGGUGAAGGGCAUUUACCAAAUAAUCUGGGGCAUGUUUGCAGUCUGACUGUUUUUUCUUCUGGUUUUGUCUCUUAUUUAGCUCAAUUCACCUUCACAUCCAUCUGCCUGUAAAAACCACAUGAUGCUGCCACUCCCAGUUUCACAGUGAAGAUGGUAUUUUCAGGGUGAUUUGCUGUGUUAGUUUUCUAUUAGACAUAGUUUUUGUUGAUCAAAAAGAGCAAAGUUUGACCUAACCUUAUCAGAGUAACUUCUUUGACUCUCCACAUGAAGUUAUGACAAACUGUAAAAAUGAGUUGCUUUUACUUUCUUCUUGUCCAUAAGAGCCAGAUUUGCAACAGAUUCUCACACCUUCACAAAGGGUCUCUGAUGUUCUUCCAGCACAGGCUUCUUGGCUGGUUUUCUGAUUAAUGGUUUCCUUUUCCAGGCUGUAGUUGUAGGUGGGUUGACAUGUCUUGAUAGGUCUGAAGUUGUGCUAUGCUCUUUUUACUUCCAGAUGAAGUUUAAACUUUGCUUUGUAAGAUGUUAGAGCAUUGAUAUAUUGUUUUAUGACCCAAUCCUUUAUUAAGGUUUUCUAGAGCCUUAUCCCAGAUUGUCUGUUGAGUUUCUUGGUCUUCUUUCUGUUUGGUCCUGGAUGUCUUCUAAAAAAAAAAAGUUCAGGUUGCAGCACUUUUAAGAUGCACAUUGAAGUUGCAUGUGAAAACAUCAAAAUCAUUUUCUACACUCCGCAAUUUUGUGCUACUUUGUGUUGGUCUGUUGCAUAAAAAUUCCACCAAAAAUGAUUUGAGGUUGUAACGUUGGAAAAUGACACAAAAUUCAAGCCGUAUGAAUACUUUUAAAGGCAUGGCAUUAUUCAUCACAACACAAAACUCAUUCUCAGGACGUGCACACAUAGAACGCAAAGGGUAGCUGACGUAAGCAAAUUUGUUUUUAGAGUUCAGUAAUCUUAUUUAUUAAAAAAAAAAAUGUUAGCAAUUUAUUUCAAUGUUUUUUAAGCCAUGUUUUUUUUGAAGUGAUACAAAAACAAUGGUGCAAACGUGAUUUGUAAAUUCUAAGGUGUAAUUAUAUUUUGUGCUCCAAAUAAAACAAGUAAAAGGAAAAA